GUUAUGGGAAGGAAAACGUCAAAAUGGUGUACGAUUUUGACGUAAAGACCUUUUGUCAGAAUUUGAAGGCAACCAAGCCUCCUUAUGAAUGUCCUGUGAAAUCCUGUGGAAAAGUGUACAAGAGUUAUUGUGGGAUACAGUUUCAUAUGUAUAAUUAUGAUCAUGACAAUCCAGAAAAUAAUGCUUCUCCCGCCAAAAAACCACCUAGCAAGAAAAAGCAAAAAUGGCAUCACCGACAAAACAGACGAUCACCAACACCACCAGAGUUUACUCAAACAACGAGAAGGGAAACAUUAACAUAUGCUGAGGCUCAAAGGCUUGUAGAAGUAGACCUUGAAGGAAGAAUUCAUAGAAUUAAUAUAUAUGAACCUCUUGAAAUAAUUUCUCAAGAUGAAAUUGACAAUCAUCACAACACAGAAAAGGAGGAAAAAGCAGAAAAAAGUCCAGUAAAACACAUGAAAUCAUCUGAAGGGUCAAAAACAAGAAAAGAACCCAGUGUUCCUAGUCAUACAAAUUCCACUUCAAAGUUACCUGAAGCCCAGUACAAGGUUAUUGAAGACUUCAUCAAGCCUUCACAUAUUCAGCCAAGACCAAAUUCUUAUUACAGAUAUAUAGAAAAGUCUGUUGAAGAAUUGGACAAUGAAGUUGAAUAUGACAUGGAUGAAGAGGAUCAUUCUUGGCUUACAUUGGUCAAUGAGAAACGGAAAAAUGAAGGCAUUGGUUCUGUGAAACAGGAGGACUUUGAAAUGCUCAUGGACAGAUUUGAAAAAGAAGCAUUUUUUCAAAGUCAGACUUCUGGCAAGGAUGUUGGUCCCCCUAUAGAUGAAGAUGCUGUGUGUACUAUUUGUAUGGAUGGUGAAUGUCAAAACAGCAAUGUUAUUUUAUUUUGUGAUAUGUGCAAUCUGGCAGUCCAUCAAGAGUGUUAUGGUGUUCCAUACAUUCCAGAGGGACAGUGGUUAUGUAGACGUUGCCUUCAGUCGCCUUCGAGGGCAGUAGAUUGUUGUCUCUGUCCAAAUAAAGGUGGUGCUUUCAAACAGACUGAUGAUGGAAGGUGGGCUCAUGUGGUGUGUGCCCUUUGGAUUCCAGAAGUAGGUUUUGCAAAUACUGUUUUUCUUGAACCUGUAGACAGCAUGGACCAUAUACCUGCAGCAAGAUGGAAACUUUCUUGUUACAUAUGCAAACAGCGUGGUACAGGUGCCUGUAUACAGUGUCAUAAAACAAACUGUUAUACAGCCUUUCAUGUCACGUGUGCACAACAGGCAGGAUUAUACAUGAAAAUUGAACCAGUAAAAGAACCUAGUGCUAGUGGUCCAACAUUGACAGUUAGGAAAACUGCCUACUGUGAUGUACAUACUCCGGCUGAUUCAGACUGUAUGCCAAUGCUUGCAGAAAGUUCAGAAGAGGACAAAUCAGCCUCAGCAAAGAAAGCCAAGGAAAAGUCCCGUAUUAAAAUGAGAAAAGCAAGAAAAAUCUUAGCCGAGAAACGAAAUGCAAUGCCAGUUGUAUCAAUUCCAAUCAUACCUCAGCAAAGGUCAAAGGUCAAGAUCCACACAGUAAUAUCCAAAUCCAUGUUGUCCAAGAUAGGUCAGUUAUUUGUCUUCCCUAAGAAACAAUUGUUUUUGUCUCGAUUAUUGAGUUAUUGGACUUUGAAGAGACAGUCCAGGAAUGGAGUACCUCUUCUGCGUCGACUGCAGUCCAAUCACAUGACCAGAAACAAAGAACAGGUGAAAAAUGACAAACAGAGCAAUGCACUGAAGGAACAGUUGAAGUACUGGCAACGACUGAGACAAGACCUAGAGAAGGCUCGCUUGCUGGUGGAGCUGAUCAGAAAGAGGGAGAAACUAAAACGAGAACAGGUCAAAGUCCACCAGCUGGCUCUGGAGUUACAGCUGCAGCCAUUCGCAGUCCUCCUCCGACACACACUGGACCAGCUGCAGGAACGAGAUACUGCCAGCAUAUUUGCAGAACCUGUGUCUUUGGAAGAGGUGCCAGACUACUUGGAGUACAUCCAAACACCAAUGGAUUUCUUAACAAUGAGGAAGAAGGUUGAAAGUCACAAGUACAAAACAAUGGAUGAAUUUGAGCUUGACUUUGAAAAUAUCAUCAAUAACUGCCUCAUGUACAAUGCUAAAGACACCAUGUUCUAUAGGUCAGCUACACGUUUACGAGACCAGGGCGGCAUGGUUAUUCGAGCAUCAAGAAGAAUGGCAGAGAGAGUUGGUUACGACCCUGACACAGGACUUCAUCUAGAGAAACCUCCCCAGGAAAAGGAACCAGUCAUUUUGGAGGACUUUGAUAGUUUCCAAGAAAAGAGAGAUAGUUUUCCAUUGGACGAGCAGUUACGUAUCCUGUUAGAUAAAAUGGACAUGGCUAACAAUACAAAAGGACAAUCUAGUCUGGCUAAAAGAAUAAAGAAAGAGAUUAUCAAAGUAAGAAAGAAACUUGCCAUUCAAAAGGAAGGCUUACAGGCGAGUGAUCUGGAUGACAGCAUAGGUACAGUCUCAGAGCCAAAUGAUGACUCCAUGGCUGAAGAAACAAAAGAAGAGACCCCCGUCCGUAGUUCAAAAUCCUCUUCUCUUGAUAAGUCAGCUGGUAAAUCUUCAUCUAAAGAUACACCAUCUGGUAGAGGGCGUGGACGAGGGAGAGGCAGGGGACGUGGAAGGGUCACAAGUCGCAGCAAGAGUGAAUCUGAGUCGGAGUCAGUGAUACUGCCCAAACAUUUAGGAAAGGAAUUAGACAAAAGACGAUCAUCUGACAGCUCGCGUACCACAGAAUCAUCAGUUUCAUCAAAAAAUGAGGAUAGUAAUUCAUCCCAACCAACAACAAGUGGGGUGAAUAGAAGAACAGCAGUAUUGUUUAGUAAGAAGGUGUUCCGCAGCAAGCAAGAUGUUUCCAAUCCCAGCAGUCCUUGUACCCCUCCCAAGAAACAAGGAAAAGCUGGCAGACCUCCAAGACAAAAAAACAUUGAUCAGUCUGACUCGCCACAGCCUCCUGUUCUUGAACCGAUGAGUCCAUCAACAAGAAGCAGAGGUGCGAGUAGUCCAGCUGCGAGAAAAAGGUCACACAGUGCAAUAACAUCACCAGAUCGAGAGGGUAGGCCAUCACCUCCCAAACGUACCUCUUCUCUAACAGAACCCUUGUCACAAUUUGCUGAGCCACCAGACCUGACAAAGAGAGAUAGCUUCAUGGUAUAUAGGGGUCCUGAUAACCUGAGAAGUUCAUCAGAAUCAGACAGUACCUCUAUGAUCAGUACGAGUGAUGAUUCCAUCUCUGAGACCUCGAGUGGAACCUCCAGCAGUAACAGUCGAUCAGAGUUAAAUUCAAACGGAAUGCCAAAGCUUUCAGAAGAUGGUACAGAGAGUGAGUACUCCGGGUCCCCGGGCUCCAAUGGCACUGCAAGGAAAAAAGUUACUGAUGCAAGCAUGCUGACUGGUAUCCCAAGAUCCCCUGCAUGUAAUCCUUCUACAGCUUCCAGCGGCUUACAGACCAAUAAUGCUUCUACUACCUCUCUGCAUGCUUUGCUUAUUGAGGAUGCAAACUUCCAUGAGCUCUGCCUGUCUGAUGGGUUGGAUGAUAGUGCUAAUGCUCAAGUUGAUAAGUUAAAUGGCAAUAGGAUUCUUUGUGAUUCGAAAAAGGAAAAAUGUUUAGGCAUUGUGAAAAGAAAGGGAUCAAAUCAAAAGAAAAGUAAUUAUUUGGUAUCCAAACAAUAUGAGAUGCAAACUUGUGGCAGCAGAGUAGCUACCCGUAGGUCUAGUCAUGCCGAGAAAUCGGCCAUUGGUAAACCAAAAAGGCUUCAUCAGACAGAUGUUCCUGCCACCAAACAUCCGUCCCAAUCUGUCCGACACUUAAGAUCUUGUGACUCAGUUGGACGAUCCAAAUGUAUAGAGCCUAAAGCCUCUUGUGCUGCUGGCUGCUCAGGAAAGCUGGUCCACAGGAAUGAGUUUAAAGGUCCAGGGAAGCGUAUCACUGGCUUAAAGAAACAGAUAGUAGCACGAGCACACCGCAGUACGAGCGUGGACUCCGAUGAAUUGAUUCCUUUAGAACCCUUGGACCUUGUUUGGGCUAAAUGUAGAGGCUACCCUUGGUAUCCUGCACUGAUCAUUAAUCCAAAAAUGCCAAAGACUGGGUAUUUUCACAACGGUGUUCCCAUUCCUGUACCGCCGGAAGAUGUCCUUCUCUUGCAGCGCAAAUAUGAUGAGCCAGUUUAUCUCAUUCUCUUCUUUGACACCAAACGCACAUGGCAAUGGCUACCUCGAAACAAGUUAGAACCACUUGGAGUGGACUCUGGCCUGGACAAAGCCAAGCUGCUGGAAAACAGGAAGCCCAACGUGCGCAAGGCUGUUCAAAAGGCUUACGAGAAGGCCAUCCUUCAUCGGUGCAGUGUGACUGGGGAGCCAAACCCACUCUCUGGAGAUUCGGACAAUGAGGAAAUUGCAGAGCUUGCUGAAUAGUGCAAACAUCAGCUGUCACAGUUUAUAUUUUUUUACAUUCGUUUCUAGAUAGGUUGAGAUAAAUAGUCUUCUUCUCUUGAUAGAAGACUGCAGGUCAGAAACAACAUGAGGUAAUUUUGACGAUAAAAGAUCUGUGCUAAAUGUUUGAUGUAAUAUAGAACUACUUGUGUGUGAUUUGUGGUAAUGAAAUGACUGUUGGAAGUUUACAUUGAUAGCAUUCAUAGAUGUUAUGGAGAUGAAAGUUUAAUGUAAGAUUGUCGUUCGUGUUGAUGAAAUACCUGGUUGGUUUCACUUAAAAUUGUGAAAUAAACACCUGUCAUGAAACUGGCUCUGUUUCACUGAUGGAAAAUCUGCUAUAUAUUUGAAUAAAUUUUGAGUCAUUAGUUUAAUGUUUCUGUUGUAUAUCUGUCGUUUCCGGGUGAAUGAUAUUUACCUCUGUGAUAAAGAAUACUUCUCGUGUCCUGGCGUAAAGUCAGAUUUAUCUACUGCCUAUAAAAAUUUGUUUAUUAUCCGAUAGUGGAGAGGCAAUCAGUGUCUGUCCAUUUGUCCACUUAGUUUUCUUCAGGUUUUGAUCCAGUUGUCAAGGUUAUCUUAACUUUAGUGAGAUUUCAUUAUUAUUUCACCAAAACACAAGUGAAGGCUUAUGUGUAUUUCAGAUACAUUUUUCUAUGUUGACAUAAAUUAUUACCCUUUAUUUUAUAUUGAAUUUUACCAUAGCGUCUGGAAAAUAUUACACAAUGUGUAACGAGAUAUGAUAUCAGUUGUAUGUAAAUUGUUAUAUAUUUAUUUUGUAAUCAGUUGAGAUAGGUCUUAUUUCACUUUAUAAAUGAUUUUAGAUGACUCUUUCCAUAUUUUAUGCUGUUAAUAAAAUGAAAUAGUUGCAAUGUUUGUAUAAUUUGUCUUUGAAAUCAAUUACUCUGACAAGUAAAUUUCAAAUAGCAGCUGAAGUGCAUACAAAUUGAGGUAUUGUAAGAAAUAGUAAAAAAAGUCCUUUUUUCCAAUAUAAGCCCAAGAAAGGUGCAAAUGAAAUGAAUUUAAUAGUUCAUGGAUCCCAGUUACAUACAGAUAAAUCCAGAAUUUGAAGAAAUGAAAUUUUGUAGAGAUAUAUUAAGAUCUGCAUAAUUGAAUGUUUACAGGUGUGUACUCGCAGAAUAACAUCAUCUUCUGUCCAUUGAUGAAUGCUUUGAUAAAGCCUUCUUCAUAGUAUUUAGAUUUGAUGGUAAUAAAAUUGUAAAAGUUAAUAUAUUGAUAAUUUAAUGAAAUGACUUGUCAUCUAGUUGGGUUAUUAAAUCAUUUAAUUGAUUAUGACAAUAUUACAUACAAUGUGAGUAUUAUUGAAUCCGUGUUUCUUUGUAAGGGUACAGAAACUGGGAUACUUUCCAAUGUUGUUUCUAGUCUUGUUGAAGGUGAACGCUAACAUUGUUCCACCAUUGUGUCUUUGUGUUAAUAUGUUCUCAUUUGUUCAGUUGGGUGGUUGUUUAAAUGUUUGUUAUAUGUGAGAAUAUUAAUUAUGAAGUUUCAACUGUUGUGUUCAUAGUUCUAUCAAACCAUCAUCUGUUUAAUUGUUAGAAAAAGUAAUAUAUAUAUUGAUGUACAGUUCAAUAGUUGUAAUUAAAUUGUGGCUGGAAAGUGCGAGAAUAUUAGAUACUGUUGUCAUAACUACAUCUGUACAUGGACCAUUCAUUAGUCAUUCAUUGCGAACAAAUUGAUCCCAAUUCUAUGUAUAACAUCACAAUUCCUAGUUAUCAUUGAUCAAAUGUACAACUGUUGAACAUACUCUGUAUAUUUACAGUUUGUAAACAUCAUUUUAUUUGUACAUGAAAGUCCUGUAUCAAAAUAUUGAAAAAUCUAAUAAAUACUGAAUUAUUAUUAUUA